AUGUCGGGCCGAAGCGCCUAUGUGCGCAAGAAGAUCACACAAACCGAAAAGGAAAAGGCCAGGGCCAGGGCCAACGCCGCUGGCAUCGUGGGAGAUCAUGACGACCUCGCCAUCCCGGAUUUCCCCCUGCCCCAGCCCGGUGCCUCGUUGCCCGUCGGCACCGGCAUCGGCACCACCAACGCCCGCUUCCUAAAGUUCUCGGAACCGCCUCGCGACGUCAAGUCCGGCACCCCGAGCAUAGGAAGCGGCAGCGGCAGCAGCGAGGGAGGGCGACGCGACGGCACCUCCGGUCCCCUCGACGACUUCGCCUACGCCCGCGCUCGGAGACCCACCAUCAAGACCGAGGACGUGUCCGGCAUCGAGAAGUCGGGGCUCCGGAGCAGGUUGGACAAGACGAGCGAGGACGUGCGGAGGGGCCUGGCCAAGACCUUCACCUUCAAGCGCAAGGACAAGGAGCCCGAUUUCCGCCCCGAGUCCGUCGCCACCGUGAGACCCGGCCAGUACCACACCUCCGCCCCCAUGUCCCCGAUCGACGACUACGCCGUCGACCACUUCAACCCCGAUUCCAUGCACCACAUGCAGAUGCAGAUGCACCAGAUGCAGUUGCAGCAGCAGCAGCAGCACCACAUGCGCCAUCACGAGAUGGACCUGCCCACCUCCCCGCCCCCCGUCGCGAAGCUGCCGCCGGUGCCCACGACGCCGCCUAUCAAGCGGUGGAUCGGCGCAGGGAGACCCGUCCAGAGGUGGAACAAGCUGCGCAAGGACCCCGAGCUCUGGGACCCCAACGGCGACGUCCUCGUCUUCUUCGGGCACAAGGGCCAGGCGCCGCGGCCGAACCCGUCCUUCAGGCUGUCGUCGCACAUCGUCGAGGCGACCGAGUCGAGAUACCUCGUCACGCUGCUCCGCGAGGGCACGACGGAGGAGGACAUUUACAUGCCACCGUCGCCCCGGGGCGCGCCGCCCAUGCUGCGCCCACACACGCGUGGCGGGGGCCAGCCGACGCCGCCCAUCUCGGAAGACCUCGGCGAGGCCGACGGACAGAUAUCAUACGAGAUGUACUUCCCGGCGCCGGCCAACAUGAGCAAGACGGAGCAGCUGCGGAGCCACGUUACGACGAGGAACGUGUUCGCGCUGCUCUACCACGCCUCACUCGUAGGGCUGUCGCUCCACCAGGCCCUUUCCGACCUCCACAUGCGGCUGGACGCCUACAUGCCCCCGGACUCGGACAACGUCGGCAUGAUCCUGAACUACCUGUCGGCCCGCGGCAUAGACGACGUCCGCAACGACCCGGACACGGCCGUGAGCCUGCUAGCGUGGUCCGAGGGCUCCGCCGUCCGGUGGGAGGAAGGAUGGCGCGAGAGCUUUCUGCACUGCGCCGGCAUGUACAUCCAGCUGGAGCGAUGCGCCGACUUCAAGGAACUCACCCCCAUCACCCGCGCCCUGUUGGAGAGGGCCUGCCUCGAAACGCAGCUCCGCGUCCAGGCGGCGGAGGAACGGCUGUCCGAGUUCCAGUACGGCGACAUGUGGCCGGCGUCCGGCGUCAGCGGGCCAGCCAAGGCGGCGGCAGACCGGUUGCAGAAGUUCCUCUUCAACCAUUACGCGCGCGCCCAGGGGGCGUGGCCGCCGGCGCAGGCGACGGGCCUGCCGGACUCGGAUGGUCAAGACAUGUGGCUGACGAGGGACGCGGCGCAGGCACUGCAGAAGGACUUUGGAGCCCUGUACGACUACCUGGUCAACCGCGACAUCGUCUGGGACAUGUCGGAAGCACGGUCGGGUCGCAAGUGGAUGAUGCAGAGCGAAAAGGACAAGGGGUUCGACGCCGACGCCGAAGUGCCCAUGACUGAUAUCCUGGUCGAAUUCGACAACAAGCUGCGGUUCCCGCACAUCCCGCACCCGUACCCUCUGGUGCCCGAGUCAAUCCACCCCGCGCCGGCGGCCAAGGAGACUUCCAUGUUCAAGAAGAAGAGCGGCGCGGCGCCCAACAACGGCGGCCGCGCAGGAGCCCUGGAGCGGCGGGUCCAGCUGGCGUACACGGAGGCCACCAACAUUUACGUACUGGGCUCGGACUUUACGCAGUCGGACCUCAUCGACGCGUUUGUCAAGUUCGAGAAGAGCGACGGCAUCGGCGAGGUCGACCCAGCGGUGGCCAGGCGCGGGCGGUGGGUCCUGAUCUACGGCAUUCUCCAGACGCUGGCCAGCGUCUCGGUCGACGCCCCUUACGUGCGGUACCGGGACAACGUGCCAUACCAUCUUUCCCCCCGGCUCAAAGGCACCAGGGUACCGCCUUGGAGGGGGUCUAGCACGCUAGACGAGGCGUCGCACGAGUUGUCGCACUGCUGGGUGGUGCAGCACACGUGGAACACGCCGAACCACAGCGGGGCCGACAGCUCGGGCGGAUCGGGCAGCAACAGUCCCGUCCAGGGCCCUACGCGUCCUUCCGUAUACCCGCGGCGGCCGCCGUCGACGGCGUCGCGGGGCUCUGGAUACCAGACGCCUGGCACGCGCUCCGUCUACUCGACAGGGUCCGCGCCCCCCUUCGGGUCGGGAUACAGCGUCGUCAGCGAGAGCGACACGGCCAGCAGUGUGCGCACGCCCGUGUCGAGCCGGGCGGGGACCAACGCGAAGCGGGCACAGUCCCGGGACAACGCCAAGGGGCAGGGCAGCGGGUCAGGCAGUAUGCGCAGCGCCGCGAGCUUUGGCGGCAUGGACCGCGGCGACGACGGCGGCGGCGCGGGGGAUGCGCGGUCCAGCGCACCAAAACCCUAUGACCAGUUGCUGCCUCUCCCGGGGAACCUCAUGGGACCGGGAGGGUUCCUCGCGCUCGACGACGUGGUGGAGAAGCGGAGCACGCGGGGCGGCGGCCACAGUCGGCGGGCGCGGAACUGGUCCGACACGGACAACAUGACGCCGCGAAUUCGCGACUUUGACCUAGAUGUAAUCGACGACCAUGAGCCAUGA